AUGCUGAUGCUAUCUGUUAUUAUUUCAAUUGCAGCAGUUGUAGCAAAGGAAGCAGGUAUGCCAAAUGACCUGAGUAGUAAUAUCGAGGGAUUCGGACCUAGUAAAUUCGAUAGUCUGCUGAGUCCAAGCAUCCCAAUGUCGGACCUGAAAGGAUACGCAAAUGAUCACAACCACAAAAGAGAUCACAAAGGAUUCGGAAAUCUUAGUAUAAUUAGUUUCAACAUGGAGAGUGCGACCGAUUCAAGUCGUGAUGGACUUCAGGAUUUUGUAUUAGGCCUUCUGGAUUCAUCGCAUCCAUCAGUCAUGACACUGCAAUCAAUCAGGAAGAAAGAGAUUGAUGCGCUGAGCACAAAGUUGCUUGGGCACUAUGGAAUCCUGAAUGAUGAUCAGGGAUCGAUAAAUGUUCUGGAGAGUCCAAAAUUAUAUCUUCCGAUAAUCUAUGAUACACAGCAUGUUAGGAAAAUCUCGAAUGGAUACUACAGAAACCCGGAACAGAGCAAGAUUAUCUAUGCAAGUUGGGCAGUGUUUGAGACACUCGCCACCAAACAGUGGUUCACGGUGAUCAAUCUCGACCUGUAUAAUGCCUACGAAGAAAAGAUCGACGUCAAAAUGGCAAACAUCCUGCGUGACAUUCACGUAGAUCCCACAAUUAGCGCAAGACCGGUGUUUUACAUGGGAAGGAUCAAUGUUGCCUCUGAUAGACUCAAGCAAGUUAUCGAGAAUAACUACAUCAACCCGCUUGACAAGGACAUAAAUUCCAAGAACGAGGAGCGAUUCACAAUGAUAAAUCCCUCCGACAUACAAACAGACCAUCAGAGAGAUUACAUACUUAUUAGUGAGAAGAAACAAAAUGAUCCAAAUGCAAUCCAUAAUGUAAAGACAAUCCACUAUGCAAGGAUAUUAAGAUUAGGUAUUCCAGGACUUAACUAUCCGAUACAUACGAUAGUUUCGCUGUAG